AUGGCGACAUUCAUUAAAAUUGUAAAUUUUACCUAGGGAAAUGGAAUAUUGAACAAAAUAAACAAUUCAGAGAUAACCCAAGCUGAUGAUUUUUCAUAUUUAAUAUUAAAUGGAUAUGGAGAAGCCCUUCAUUAUGCCAAUGCUUCGUUUUAUGAUAUUAUAGACUGCCAAAAAUCUUUGAUGAGUGAUUUUAAGAUACAGAUGAUUGUUUUAUUGUCCUUACCCCUUCUUUAGUUGAGCAUUAAUUUUUUUAAAUUGAAAUAUUUAUAGUGCUCGAUUUUAUAAUUAUAUUUAUACAAAAUAAUUGAUUUUAAUACGUUUUUUAUUGUCUAUGAAGUGUUAAUUUCACAAAAUUCAAAAUUUAAUGGUUUUUACUCUUCAUUCAAGGAUGGUUAGGAGCUUUUGUACUUUGCUUAUGCAUGGUCAUAAUAAUCCCCUUCUAUAUAUCAAUUUUUAAGAUUGAAAACGAACUUUGAAACUCUGUUAGGAAAAAUGCUUAUGACUGCUACUUUGACCUCAAGCAAAUAAUUUUAGAGAGGUUAAGAGAUGUCCAUUCUCAGCCAGAAAUUGCACUAAAUGAUAGACAUAUUUCAAAGAAUCCCUAUCCCUUUAAAAGCUAUUGAAAAUAUAUAUGAAGAGUGCUUAUUUAUAUGGCAGCUGUUUUAUUAUUUUCAAUAAUAAAUAUAGCAGUUGCCCGAUGAUGGAGUUCAAUGCGCCAUCAUCAGGCAACACCAAGCAAGGGUCCACACGUGAAAUGGGUUCCACGUGUGGAGCCCUUUUUGGCUCGUGGAAAUGAGGAUUUCUCCACGUGUUAAAAUGGCUCCACACGUGGAAUCCAUUUCUCUGUGGACCGAUGAUGGAGCAUUGAGCGCCAUCAUCGGACAACUGCUAUAUCACUACUCUCUACGAAAAAUGCACAGACUAUUUAGUAUAUAGACCUGAAUUAUUAAAAAAUUUAAUAAACCUGCAAAUUUUAUAUACAAGUUUAAGCAUAUGGACAAAUGAAGUCGCUAUGGAAGGCUAUGGAGUGCUGAUGGCUUACCAAUUCCCAACAGCAUAUCCUUUUGAAAAUAGCGUGACUAUAUUUAAUGAAAUUAUAUCAAAAAUUAAAUAUUCGACUUCAGUCAUAAAAAAAAAUAAAUAUUCUUCUUUUGUAUCUGAAGAUUUUGAUAAAAUUCUUUAUGAAAAAAGCACGGACUUUAAUGCAGAUAUUUUCAGAUUAGGGGUGUUUAUGGCAAAAGAAAAUAUAAUAAAUGAAGCAUAUUUAAUAGCAAAUGAUUUUGCUUCCUCUGAUAUUUGGACAUCUUUAAUGUCAGCUCUUCAAGAAUUAGACGUCAGAUAUGACAUUUUUAUUGAUGAAAUUGACAAAUAUUCAAAAAGCGUAAUUGAUGACCAAAUGCAGAUUAUUGUUAUGAAUCUGGCACUUUUUAUUUUUUUCUCUUUGGCUUUCUAUUUAGGGUUUUAUUUGGUAUUUUUUUGGAGUGAAAAAAAAUACUUGAAGAGAAUAUAUUCAGUAAUGGAAAUUAUUCCGUAG